CGCGCUUUUCAGCACUGGUGCAUUUCGCGAAAUUUUCCUCACUACAUACAUAACUUAUUUUUAAUUUCGACGUUGUGCAUUUUCUCUCAUGUGCUUAGCCAUGUAAAAUUGAAUUAGUGUAUAAACAAUAAGAAUUAGUGCAAAGAAUCACCCUAGAAAUUAGACGAGCGAUCAAGACAAGGACCCAAAACAGCGACACAUGCAUGAGUGACCACCCGGAGGAUUUCCCAAAAACCAGCCAGUAAACGAUGGCCGCCGAGAAGGAGAUGCAGGCCCACGACAUGGUCCGCCGGCGCAGUUGGGCCCGUGCCGUGGCGCUCUACGACCAGCUGAUUGCCCCCAAUUCCGGCGCCUUGGGUUCGAGGGCCCAGAAGGACCAGCAGAUCGCCUGCCUCCUGGGCCGCUGCGAGUGCCUCCUCGAGUUGGGCAAGUUCGAGGGCUGCCUGGCGGAUGCCUACAAGGUGCUCACGCUGCUGUCCGAGCAGACAGAGUGCCUGGCCAGCGUCUCAAGAGCACGUCGAUGGCUCGUCCACGCGCUGUUCAAAAUGCACAAGUACGGGGAUGCUGAGAUCUUCCUGAGCAAGUGGAUCAAUGAGCUGAGCGGCCAGCAGAUAUACUCGGACAUAUCCAAGACCCUCGAACGAUACAAGUCCAUUAUACAGAUGAUCAUGAACGGGCAGCACAAGGCGCAGGCCUUGAAGAUCCCGCACGCCCGUCUCGAGGACGAGAUGGCCAUGGAUACCAAGCUGGACCACUGGGCAACCAACAACCUGCCGCUGGACAAGUACAGCAAGCUGCUCAGCAACAAGGGUUUGAAGAAGCGGGAGCAACAGCAGCAGCAGCAGCAGCAGCAACAACACCAGCAGCAGCAAAACGGCAAUGGAAUCGGUAGCUACGCAAGCAGCAGCAGUAGCUCCUCCACGGGCAGCAGCAGCACCAUGUCCAGCUCCAGCACAAGUCUCCACAAGACCAACGACCUGCUGGCGGCCAUGAAGCUCACGGCCGGCAAGCACCAGACAGGAUCCGGCGACGGAUCGGGCUCCGAUCAGGACGAUCAGGCGGCCCCAUCGACCACCUGCAGCUACUGCACCAUCACCUUCCAGACGAGGAACGAGCUGCGACAGCACUGCCAGACCGAGGCCCACCAGAAGGUGAUCAUGAGCGAUGAGGGCCGCGACUGGAAGUGGCGUCCGCCGCCCCGUGGCUACACGCUGGACACCUAUUCCCUGUGCGAGACGUUCAGCGAGGCGCACACCUGCCACUACGGCGCCCAAUGCGUGGAGGCUCAUGGCCAGGAUGAGUUGAACGAGUGGAAGGAGCGCUUCGAGUACCGCCGGAUGCGGAUGCAGAAGGCCUGCGAGAAGGAGCUCUACGGCAAGUCGUACACGGAGCAAGUGCUAGAGCGAUGGAUCCAGGCCACGGCGCCGGAGCGAGUGAUGUGCGAACGGGUGCCGGAUAUGGAGGCGCGUUGUGAGCAGCAGCUGGUCACCAGCAUCAGCUCGAAGACAUCCAAGCGAGAGUGGCUCUUCCAGCUGGAGACGAAAAAGCCUCUAAAGGCGGUGGCCCUCCUCCAGGAUGCCCACCGCAAUCACUUUGCCCUGAAGUCCAUCAAAAUGUGCAAGCCAACGGAGUCCAGCAUGGAGCUCAAAUCCGAUCAAGAGUGGGUGGCGGCCGGCUCGGCUCAAUCGGAGUCUUCCAGCGAGGACUCGUCCACCGUGACCCACGAAAUCACCAUAGAGUUUCACACGGAGAUCUACGGAACCUUUCGCCAGGCCAUCUGCUUCGAUGUGGGCCAGGAACCUUUGCUCGUUCGGCAUUUGUGCGUGGAUGUGUUGCCCGUAAACGAUGCCGAGAAAAUCGAGGAGAUCAAGCGGGACAUCAUUAACAGCUCGGCCACCCGAUGGGAUGUGGCCAAUACGCAACUUACACGCUUCGAGACCACGAUUGGAACACAUCUGAAGACCGAGGCGUAUCUCAGCGAUCUGGAGCACGAGCGGGAACUGCUGGAGAGGUAUCCCUGUCCCAGGGCAGCUACUUUCACAUUGACACAAUCGACCAUUGUGGAAAAGCGAUUGACGCAGAACAACUACCGGUCCCGCAUCCACGAGUUGCUGUCCGUGGAGGAGAUUGCCCGCUAUGAGCAGAUAGCCAGGUAUAAUGUGAGGACCCGUCUCACCGUGGCCUCGAAUUAUAUCCUCACCCCGGCGGGAAUGGCGACCAGCACAGCCAAGUAUUCCCUGGCCGGCGAAUUGUUUGCUCUCAUGCGUUUGGGCAAGGACAUCUCCGAGGAUACGUCGCCUGGCAGAUUGAUUCUCUCCAACUGCAGCAGCGUGUACAUCUCAAAGCCGGAGGAACCGGAUUCCAAAGCGGAUCCCAAUAGCCGUGCAGUUUACGAGGCCUUGAUCGAGGACAAAGGGAAGAAUGUGAUUUAUUUGAAACUAUCCGCCAAGUGUGUGGAGGCGAUGGCUCUGCAGGCGGACACCGAACUGGAUGUGGACAUUCAAUUCCAGCUGAACCGAAUGCCCUACUGCGAGUGGCACAAUGCAGUGGACAAGAUCACCGAUUUCCGGCUGAUCUUUCCGGCCACGGAACUGGAACCGAGUAUACCGUGGACCCCGAAGAAGCAGUGGGCCGAUGCCUGCGAACCGAAGUUGAAUGCCAAGCAAAGGGAGGCCGUGAAUGCCAUCACCACGGCCCUGAGCAUCAAGUUGCCCCCAAUCCUGCUAAUAGGACCCUUUGGAACUGGCAAAACGUACACACUGGCCCAGGCCAUCAAGCAGCUCCUGGCCCAACCGGAGGCCAAGAUCCUGAUCUGCACGCACUCAAAUUCAGCAGCUGAUUUGUACAUUAAGGAGUACCUGCAUCCGUGGAUCGAGGAGGGCUUGGAGGAGGCCACGCCGUUGAGAGUAUACUACCACAAGAGGUGGUCGGCCACCGUCAACAGUGUGGUGCAAAAGUACUGCAUCACCGAUGGCGUGGGCAACUUCAAGCGGCCCACUGUGGAGGACAUAAUGCGACACAGGAUUGUCGUGGUUACGCUGAGCAUCAGCAUGGAGUUGGCCACUCUGGGACUACCCAAGGGUCUUUUCACACACAUCUUCCUGGACGAAGCUGCUCAGGCAAUGGAGUGCGAGGCCAUUAUGCCGCUGGCCUUGGCCAAUGACUCCACGAGAAUCGUUCUGGCCGGAGAUCACAUGCAGAUGAGUCCCGAGCUGUUCUCCGCCUUUGCCAAGGAACGCAAGCUGCACAUCUCGCUCUUGGAGCGACUGUACGAUCACUACCCCUCCAACUUUCCCUGCAAGAUACUGCUGUGCGAGAACUAUCGAGCGCACGAGGCCAUCAUCCGCUUCACCUCGGAGCUCUUCUACGAACAAAAGCUGGUGGCCUCCGGCAAACAGCCAAGGCACGAACGCUUUUAUCCUUUGACUUUCUUUACUACUAGAGGAGAGGAUGUUCAGGAUAAAAACUCAACUGCUUUCUAUAACAACGCCGAGGUGUACGAGGUGGUGGAAAGGGUGUCCGAGCUGCGGAAGCGUUGGCCCAGUGCUUGGGGCAAGCUCAACGACACCAGCAUCGGCAUUAUGACUCCCUACGCGGAUCAGGUGUUCCGCAUUCGUUCGGAGCUGCGGAAGCGACGCAUGGGUGGCAUAUCCGUGGAACGUGUGCUCAACGUCCAGGGUAAACAGUUCCGAGCGGUCUUCCUGUCCACCGUACGCACCCGACGCACCUGCAUGCCCCAGGGAAGUGCGCCCGGAGCAGCGUCCACGGCCAGCAUUGGUGAUGCCGACACGGACUACGGUUUUUUGAGCAACUCCAAGCUCUUGAACACGGCCAUCACUCGUGCCCAAUCUCUGGUGGCAGUGGUCGGUGAUCCCGUGGCUCUGUGCUCCAUUGGACGCUGCCGCAAAGUGUGGGAGCGCUUCAUCGAGAUCUGCGACGAGCACAAGUCGCUGUUCGGCCUGACCUGGUCGAAUCUCCGUUCCCAACUGGAUGGCGUGGAGCUGAAGCGUGGCUAUGUGCUGAAUCCUCUGGCGCCCGAGUUUGUGCCGCGUGCCCUGCAACCGGAGGCAUAUCUGCGCGAGCAAGCUGCCCUCUACCUAAACGGGCCGCAGCACGGACACGGUGGCCAUGGGCCACCAGGUCCUCCGGCUCAUUUCGCAACGGCAGCCGGGAUGCUGGGUCCCGGACCGGCGGCCACCGCCCAUCAGAUGAAUCAAAUGGCCGCGGCCAUGGCCAAUCAGCAGCUCUCCCACAUGUACUCCACACACAUGGCAGCAAUGAUGGCCGCUGUCGUCGGUGGAAAGUCCGGCAAUGGCCCUGGGCCGGGAAGCGGAGGAGGACCAGGCCCUGGUCCAGGUCCACCACCACACUACGGCGGUGGCGGCGGAGGAAGCGGAGGCGGAGGACACAUGGGAAUGAGGGGACCACCGCCGCAGGCACCUCACUUGCGUGGCAUGCCACCCGGCGGUCCGCCACCCACACAGCCGCCAGGAGGCGGAGGAGGAGUAGGGGGCGGACCACCGCCGCCAUAUGGACAAUACCCGGCCAUGCAGCACUGGCGGCCACCGCAGCAGGGACCAAAUGGGCCGGGACCAGGACAGCAGCAGCCACCGCAAAAUCCCAAUGCCAGCCUGUGGGGUCCACCGCCACAGACGAAUCCGUGGAGUGUGCUGCCGCCAAGCAAGCAGCCACAGCAACCCCAGCCGCCGCCAGUAAGUGCUCCGGGGCGUGGACCAGGACCAGGACCUUUGCCACCGCCACUCAAUGCCAAUCCUUCGCUGCCCUUGCGGGGAGGCAGUGUACCACCCCCGCCGCCAAACGCCUCGGCGGCUGCUCAGCUGCUGAGGAAUCCGAGUGAACUGGGCUACCUGGCCAAGAAGACGCUGUACAACCAUGGCCAGGCGCCGCCGCACCACCAGCUGUACGGACCCGGGCCAGGACCACCGCCGCCCCCAUCGCAACAACAGCAGCAGGCGCCGCCGAUGGGCAUGCAGAGGGGCAGCAGUGUGCCCAACGGACCCAUGUCGCCCAUGGAGAACGGACCGCCGCCGCCUCCCUAUUUGAGGCACAACGGGAGCGGCUACAAUCCAGGAGCACCGCCACCGCCGCCACAGCAGCAGCAACAGCCGCCACCCAAUCCCUUUAUGUACGCCGGCAAGCAACCGUCGCCGAGCUCCAUGAGAUUCGGCCCUCUGACGCACGAGUUACUGCCCCCCAAUGUGAGCAUCUACGAAAUGGCUUUAAACCCCAAGGAGGAGCAAUACAAGUGGUACCUCAAACUGCUCGAAACCGUGGGCCAGGAGGGUGCCAACAAGUUCGCGGAUAUGUUGCGCCAGGUGAUGGCCACGCUGCAGCAGCAGCAGCAGCAGCAGCAUAAGCCACCGCAGCAACAGAUGGUCAACAAUCCGAUGCUCAACAACCCUCAUGUGCAGCGGCCACAAUAUCCCAUGCUGUAUCCCCAGGGGCAACAGCAGCAGCAGCAGCAGCCACCUCAGCAAUCCGUGGACGCUUCACCGCCGCUGGAGAACUUCAACCAGCAGAUCGAUCUGGUCUUCAACUCCAUCAUGAACGGGGCCAAUGACAUUGCCCAGCCCAUACUGCGGGAUGUUCUUGGCAUGGUGGCUGGCACGGGCAAUGCCCCUGGUCCUCCGCUCAGCAAUGGUUUGAACGGAGCCGAUCUCCAGCAGCAGCAGCAACAACAGCAACAGCAGCAGCAGCAGAGUCGCCUGUUCGCCAUGAUGCAACAACAGCAGCAACAACAGCAGCAGCAGCAGCAGCAGCAACAGGCGAAGCCUCCACCAGGACCUGGUCAACCCCUGUAUCCCAAUCACUUUUGUGGACCUGGGCUGCACCAGGCGCCGCUCAAUGGUGGCGGCAACAAUCUGGGCGGCGUCGCUAGCACCAACUUUAUGGGGAACGCUGGCAAUGCUCUGCUCAACGACAAGCCCUACAACAACCUGAACAUGCAUAACAACGUGGGCGUGAACAACGCCGGAGUUGGCGGCGUCGGAAUGGGAAUCGGCGGCGGAGGUGUUGGCGGACACAACAAUAACAACAGCAACAACAACGGAAUGCUGAGCAAUGGCAACAACUCGGUGCCGCUGUACCGCCGCCAGGCGCUGGCCGGAAACGGGAUCGGAGGCGGAGGCGGAAACGGGGGCUUCAACAACAUGCACGGGUUGGACACGGGGGCCAAUCUGAUCGAGGCACUCUUCCAGGCCAACAACUCGGUGGUGGAUCACUCGGUGAAGUCGUCGGACCACAUGCACGGCCUGCUGUACAACAACUUCAAUACGCUGAAGGGGGGCGGUCACGACGUGGACCUGUUCCAGGCCAUGGCGCCCAGCAUGCCCCACUCGGAGGCGGCCAAUCAUCACCAGCAGUCCUCCGGCUCGUCGGCAACCACCUAUGCGGCUGUGCUGAGCCAGGGGCCCCAGGCGGUGGUUGGCGGAGGCGGUGGCGGUGGGGCAGGACCAUCGCCGGGACAGGCGCAGGUGCAGGCGGGCGUGGCAGGAGUCGGGGCGGGCGGCAAAGGCUCGCAGGCGGGGGGCGGAAGCGAUCUCCUAGAGAAGGAUCCGUUUGCGGCCAUCCGGGAGUUGGGACAGGCCACGACCGGAUUCUACAACUACUUUCAGUGAGAGGCGGUGACGGCAGCACAUCUCCUGCUGUGGCAUCAAAGGGUCUUAAUCUAAAAACAAAAACGAAAAACAAAAAACAAAACAAAAAAAAAAAACAGAAAAUUAACAACAAAAAAAAAAUUGCAAAAUUCUUAGCUGAACAAAAAAAAACGUAAAAAAUGACCCAGACAAUGGGAAAAACGGAAGAGAAAACAAAAAAGAACUGCUUCUUAAUUAUAGUUGCCCCUAUCCUUAUUUUUUUGCUUUCUUUUAAAUUGCAAAUUAUUUAAUUACGGUAGCCUUAAGUUGAAAGUGUGAAUUAUUAUAAUUAAUUAAUAAUAUACAUACAUACCUAUUUAGUUAAUGUUUAGUGGUUACUAAAGCUCGCCCAAAUGCCGCAGCAGGGAUUUGUUGACGUUGACCUUUGGCCUUUCUCCCUACUACCCACUCCCCCCUGCCACGCCCCAAUGCCCAAGGUCGCCUCAGGCGCCUCCAUCGGUUCGCAGCAUCCAACGGGUUGCUCUGAGCAGCCCAGAUAAAUAAUAAUAAACGUCUACACAAGAAAACCUUAUCGAUUAGACUCUUGAAGCAAACAAAAAAAAAAAUUUAAAAAACGUUACAAAAAAAAACAAACAAACAUAAAACCACAUAAAAAAAUGAAAUAAUUAUGUAAUAACUAUAAACUGCAAGAUGCAUAGUUAGCUUUAGAUGUAAGAUUAUUCAAGAGAACAUUUGUAUUGUACAUUUUUUUCUAUUUUUAGAGCGUAGCAUAUUUGCUACGUAAUCCUUCGGUUCGUUUUCUACCUUUAGUUUAUCAGUUAUAAAUUUCAAUUUUGUACAGAAGUUGACUAUUCAAAAACAAAAAAAAACAAAAA